AGUAAAAUGGGAGACAGCAAUCAUUACACUCCCCAGGGGAUACAUAUACAACCUUGUUCACCCUUGGUAUCACACAAUUCAACUUUGUCGCUCGAUGUCCUGAAGCUUCAGCUUACAAAUUUUCCAUCUGCGUAUAUUUUUGUUGGUUUUGUCGUAGGUCUCUGGAGUGUCUCAGCACAUGCAGAGGUGCUCGAGCAUCUAUCCACGCCAAAAGUUCAGAUAUGGAGGGUGUACCAGUAUUCAUGUUUCUGAUAGCCUUGCUGAUCGGAUGUACCAGCGUGCAGAUCGAUGCUGUCUUGGCAACGAGGCCCUUGGAAUCACAGCAAGAAGUUACACAUUUCCAGAAGCCCAUCUCAGAGAUUCUGACGCAGCUUUGUAAAGAAACUGGCGUGGCUUGCGAGGCAGACCUAGAUUACUUCGUCCACGUCAUGGGCACUGUUGAGACCGUAGGAUCAAUCUCUCGACAGGAGGGUAUUAAGACAAUCAAUGAUUUCCAACAUUUCUUUGUUGAACCCGCUCUCGUGGUUGGAGAGAAGAUGAAUUUGGAUUCCAAUCUUCGAGACAGCAUUCCUCUGCGCCCAUUCCUCAAUGACGAAGAUGCGAGACUAAUACCCGCCCUGACAGUGCCCAACCUUCCUGCUAUUUUCGACAUUUUUAGUGUUGAUCGCAGGUCGAAGCAGGCAGCGAUGAUUGCAACCAGUGCUUAUCUCUGUGAGAGUCCAGCGCUUCCCGGAGAAGCACGCGCUUGCCUAACCUCCCUAGAAGCAAUGAGCGAUUUCGUUGCAAAGCAAAUGGGAUCAAACGUUCAGCUGCUGGCCACGAUUGGCGCCCCCAAGGCGCCGCCAACUCACAAGGCCCCGGUGACGAUCGUAGACUUCCACACCAGCUCUAUCGAGCAAGCUGCACACAUCGUUGUUUGUCACAACAUAAUGUUCCCGGCGCAAGCUUACUACUGUCAUGCUGUGAGGAGGACGAAGGUGAUCGAGGCGUCGCUCAAGGUUGAUGCCCCUUCCGAUUACACGAUCCACGCCGUUGGCAUAUGUCAUCUGGAUACAAGUCUGUGGGCGUCGUCGCAUCCUGCAUUUGCGGCACUUAACGUCCCAAAUGGCGCAGAAGCUUGCCAUUGGACCGUUGAGGGUGACCUUGUGUGGGUACCUGCCACGAAGCCUACAUCAAAAGUUUGAGGUUCAAAUUGCAGCUAUUCCAUUCUAUCCAAAUCUGAUCUACCAAUACUGAGCCGUCCAGUCCACACAUCAUUCAUGUGUGACCUACAUUUGCGGAUGUUGUUGUAGUUGAUCUUCAUGUUUUCGUUUCUUUCACCUCUCCAUGAAUCUGGUAGAUUAUUGAACAGUUCCUGAGUUCAGUUGUAUGAGAGGGCGUGAGUAUGUGCGGCUAGAGCUCUUGCGCAGGAAGUAUCCAAACAAAGGCAAUGUCGGCUCUAAACCGCCAUUACCGGUAGUGAGCAAACCAGCCGAAAAUUAUGCUCCCAGGAAACUUUUUGAAAUAAGCCAGUUGAGGUCCUACACGGCAAGGAGCGUAGCAGAGUGCUACUAGCACAGUACAUGUACGUCGUCGAAGCUCCGAGACUAUAGAUUGUGGCUUGUCCGUGGUUGCAAUCGUGCAUCAUGGUAUGGACCGGAGUGAUUAUUGUACAACAGCUCUUAUUAAAUAAAGGUUUAUGUAUGGUUGUGAACAAAGGGGCUGUGGAUCAAUCAGCGAUAGUUCAGUUUCUAAUGAAUCGUCCAGAACCAUCGCGUCAGCACAAUCCUGCUU